GGCACGGACACCUCUUGGUCGAUACAUAGACCACGCGGGGGGGCCGAGGUGACAAACAGGGCCCUACGAGACUUCUCGGGGCUUCGACAACAUCGCUGCUCUCCCCUCGGCGCAUUCAGGGGCCAACAAGAAAGACCAGGAACAAGCUCGAAAACAAAAGCAAGAUGCGUCCGUCGCUCGCGCUGCGGCUCUCCCACAUCCGCCUCACGCUCUUCACCCGCGCCAACUGCGGCCUCUGCGACGUGGCCAAAGCGCGCGUCGGCGAGUUCAUCGCCGCCUCCGACAAGGCCACCAGCCAGUCCGCGCGCGUGGUCCACUACGCGGAAAUCGACAUCAUGGACCCGGCGCAGACCAAGUGGCGGGACGUCUACGAGUUCGACGUGCCGGUGCUGCACGUCGACAACAGCAAAGGAGAGGGAAAGGGAGAUGCGAGGCCGGAGCACAACGACUACGCUCCGACCCUCGACGCGGCCAGGAAGCUUAUGCACAGGUUCACGGCACAGGAAGUGGAAAACGCGGUGGACGAGGUUGAGCAGCUACGAAGCUCGUCUUUGUGA